AUGGCCUCCAAACUCUUCUCAGUCCCGCGGGUCGGCCGCCAGCUGAUUCACCAGCUCCCCAAGCCCCAAUACAGAGCCUUCUCCGCCGGCUCGCAUCGGUUGAGCGACACCCUUUCGGUGCACCGCAACAAGCCUCACAACAACCCGACCCUCCCGUUCAAGUUUUCCGACCAGAACCUCCAACUCGCCGAUGAGAUCCUCAAGCGCUACCCUCCCCAGUACAAGAAGGCCGCUGUUAUGCCUCUGCUUGACCUUGGUCAGCGCCAGCACGGUUUCACCAGCAUCAGCGUCAUGAAUGAAGUCGCUCGCAUGCUCGAGAUGCCCCCAAUGCGCGUUUACGAGGUUGCGACCUUCUACACCAUGUACAACCGCGAGCCCGUUGGCAAGUACUUUGUGCAGAUCUGCACAACGACCCCAUGCCAGCUUGGUGGCUGCGGUAGCGAUUCUAUCGUCAAGGCUAUCAACGAGCACCUCGGAAUCACCCCUGGCCACACCACCGAGGAUGGCCUCUUCACAUAUAUCGAGGUUGAGUGCCUCGGUGCUUGCGUCAACGCCCCCAUGGUCCAGAUCAAUGACGACUACUACGAGGACCUGACUCCCGAGUCUAUCAAGACUAUCCUGACCGCACUCAAGGACUCUGCCGCCGCCACUGGUGCCGGCGCCAAGAUUCCUGCCCCGGGCCCCGUCAGCGGGCGCGAUACCUGCGAGAACAGCGCCGGUCUGACCAACCUGAACGAAGUUGUGUGGGAUCCGGAGACGAUGAUGCGCAAGGACAACGCAUUGGACGCGCAAUAA